GGCGUCUGGCACUCAGUAUCCUUGCCCCAGUCCUUCAGCGCGCAAUGGGGCCCGCCCGAUCCCAGCCCACCGAAGCGGAAUGGCUUGAGCACAAGGCCAUUAUCCGGCGCCUCUACCUAAUCGAGGAGAUGCCGCUGAAGAAGUUAGUCGCUGAGCUUGGAGGGCUUGGGCUUGUUGUCUCUGAUGCACAGGUGGAAUAUAAACUGAAGCAGUGGGAGUUUCGCAGGAACAUCGACAAGGCGACUUGGAUCAUCAUAGAUCGCAAGAUCGCCAAGCGCAAACAAGAGGGCAAGGAAAGCCAAGUCAUCCACUGUGGUAAGCGCCUGAAGCAAUCGACAAUCGACAAGGAAACAAAUCGUCAUCGUGACAUUGCUACUGGAAACCAGCCACUGAGUCCUCUACCGACAACCCCAGCCGAAACGCAUCUUGUCGUCUGCACCCCACCACCACUUGCAAUGGAAUUUACCUGGCCAAGCACAUUACCAUGGUUCAAAUUCCAAAGGACGCAAUUCUCUCCGUUGUUGUCCAAUGCCCCCGAGAUGCGAAGCUCAGAAGAAGACAGCAGCCAGUUGCUUGAGGCAGCUGAUUCCAGGUCCCUUCUCUCAAGUAUACUUGCGUCGGACUCGCAGCUGGAGUGGACGCAUCCGCGGCCUGAAAUCUCCCGGCUAGCUGCCCUCAUCGGGAAAUCGAUGCCGGAAUCCUACCCGGAAGAACAUUUGCAGCGUGCCCAAGCUCUCCUCGACGGAUCGAGCUACGAAGUCAUCGACGAAUGCCUGGCCAUUGUCAUCUACAACCUCUCCAACAACCUUUCCAGCUUAUUCGACAACGAAAAGUGGAACGCGACUACAAACGUACUCCGGGAGUGCGGCAUUCUAAAUCUCCAAGCCAAUCUCCGGGAAGUUCCGGAUAUUACCAUCCAUGGCUUCAUGGAUAACCUUUUCUGUGCGACAGUCUAUCGGCUAACAAAUCCUCGAUGCGACAAUGCAAACAACGGAGAAGCUUUGGACAUACUCAAGUGGCUUCUUGCAUCAGGACAGAGCCCGGACGCCAGCAUAGUGACUCCUCGACAACUUGGCUCCACGGUAACACCUCUCCAGGCUGCCAUACUCUGUGGCAACGUGGAUCUGGUGGAACAACUAUUAAAUGCGGGCGCCAAUCCCAAUCUCACGCCAUCCUAUGGCAACACAGACUCACCACUUGAGCUCGCACUAAAGAUGCAUGGUUGCGGCGCUGCCGUUGUGUCACGCAUGGCAAUGCUCCUGUUGAAGCAUGGCACUUCGGUGAACUUGGAUCAAGCUCUUCACCUAGCCAUCCUCAGACAGGACAUGGACUUGGCGGGAGCCAUUACGCUGCAAGGAGCCAAUUUACGUGGCGCGUUGAAACAGGACAACGGCUUCGUUUACGAGCAAACUGCGUUGAGCGCGGCUGCCGCCGUCGGUAAACAGGAAACACAAGUCAUUCUGGAUUUUCUCGCUUCGGAAUCUCCAUCGACGCCAAUGUCCAGUUUCAUUACCCCAGAUGUGAUGGUAUCAGCAGCUGUCGAAGCGAACAACGAUGUCAUUCAAUUUCUCUACGAUAUUUCUCCUGCUAGUGUUUCUGCCAACCACUACGGCAUCACGCCGUUGCAUGUAGCUGCGAGGAAGGGGCAUUUAGCAACCUGCCAGCUACUCCUUCAGCUCCAUGGACCGCUCAUUUCAACUACGGGAUACCUCUCCCCCAUUCAUCUGGCAAGCUGCGGUGGGCACACAGACAUUGUGCGAUUGCUAGUUGACAGCAAGGCCGAUGUGAAUGCUCUCGCGACCAUUGGCGAUACCCCAGAACACAAAAUUGCCGUCGAGCGAUCCCGCCUCAACAUCAAUACGGAUCGCGAGCCAUGUGACCUCACCGCUCUCGAAGCACUUCUAGAGCAUGCUUCUACUCCCGACCGUCGUUGGAACGUUGGUCACUUAGCAUGCGCUACCAUAUUGAUCCAAGCUGGAGCCCAAUUAACGGGGUACGAAGUCAUUAUCGGCGCUCGAAAUCGGCACCCCGAACUCCUCUCGGCCGCUCUGUCCGCCGGUGGCAGCCCGAAUGAGCAGGACCCCAACGGAAAUACUGCGCUGCAACUCGCAUUGGACCUGCUACACAAGCAGCCUGAGAAGACACGCAGGCGUGGUGCGGUUGCAGCGGCGUUGCUCAUUGAAAAGGGGGCGACUCUUUUCGGAGGAGAAGUGACCUCGGCGAUCUAUCUCGGCGAUUGGGACCUGGUGAAGCUCCUAUUGAGUCACGGGGGAAGUCUUUCGGAUUGUGACAAGACUGGAACGACAGCUCUCGAAGCAGGAAUUCUAUCGCGAAACGCCGACAGCCUCUACAGCAUACUAGAAGCACACACGGAUGUUUACGAUGCCGGAGCCCUGUGCGCUGCAAUCACAGCCGGGAUGCGCUCGACCAUCAUGCACUCAGUCAUUGAUCAGCUUCUGUCCAACAGACCUUCUCAUGCGAGUCCGGAUAUUCUCGAGGCAACAGCGAUAGGUCUUGCUGCGAGAUUGGGAGAUUUGAGUCUCUUGCGCAAGCUUCUUCAGUCCCUACCGCGCUCAGAUGUCGCCCUGUUGCCAAUCAAAAUGUCGAGGAAGGGAAUCUUGGCUGUUUCUCCCAACAAAGGCUAUUGGCGUACCAAGCACUGCGUCAAAGGAAGCCCACUUGCUCUAGCUGUUAUGGGCAGCGUUCCUGAAGCGUAUCUGGAGCUUCUCAGCAGCGGUUACCAAGCUGAUAAAUUCACCUGGACAAUCGUCAGUGAUAGAAACGACAUCCGAACAGCGCAAACCUUGGUCGACAACAACCAAAGACUGGACAAUAUUUCCUCACAUCCAGUUCCUCCGAUUCACAACCCACUAACGGGUCCUAUUAAGUUCUGUCAUAAAGAGCUACUACAGUUGCUUUUGGGCGCUGGUGCUGAUGUCAACGAACACAAUCGGACAUUGGUGAACGGUAGGUCACCUCUGCAAUUGGCCGUCGAGCUGGGCGACUUGACCAUCGUGGAUUGUCUCCUGGAAGCUCGAGCCGAUGUCAACAUCCCGCCUGCUUUCGAGGGUGGCGGAACCGCGCUGCAGUUAGCUGCUAUCAAAGGCCAUCUGGGGCUGGCGAAUCAUUUGCUUGAUCUGGGUGCUCAAGUCGCGGCUCCGCCAGCACAGAAGUUCGGUAGGACCGCGAUAGAAGGAGCGUCGGAGCACGGAAGACUUGAUAUGAUGGAACUUCUAUUAUCUCACGGGGCUCUGAAUACAGAAGUAGGGCACCGUCAGUACCUCAGGUCAGUCCAGCUAGCUACUAGUGAGGGACAUUAUGCUGCGGUAGAGCUUCUACGGGGCUACUGGGAGCGGUCCGAGAAGGACGAAAGAUCUUCCAGUGAAGGCGACCCUAUGGAAGGGUCAUCCCCUAAAGAAGAUGAACCCAUGCUUUCUGCAGGGGAGGGAAGCCACGAUGAGGUGGAAGGUAACGGAGGUGUGGCGCACACAGUUGGAGGAGAUAGCCAAACGAACGAACCGGCUAUCGAUUGGGAUCGCGCCAUGGCACACCUACCGCACUGUUUUCCCGAUCAAGAGGAAGAAGGCCGAAACACGACCGAGGAAGGAAAUGCGGUAGAUGAGAUGGACUUUGGGUGGAACGACUUGCUUGGUCCCAGGCGGAGACGAGGCCCUCAAUGAAACGAGCGAUGCCGAGAUGUGAGAGAAGCUGGCAUAGUAAGCAGGGCAGACGUGGAAAAUACACCGAAUGCAACAGUCUUU